UGUCACUCACGCCGCUUUUGGUUAUCCGGCUCGAGCAUCUUUAUUUCUUACCUGUUGCCUGUUGCUUUCUUGCGAGGGGGAAGGGAUGCACGGGCAGGUGGUACAUACGUACACCCGCGCGCGCUCGUUCUCUCUCUCUCUCUUUCUCUCUUUUGUAAGUAAGGUUAUUACGAGCAGCGAAUACACGUUUUGGUGGUGUUUCGUUUGGUGUUUUUCCCUGGUCGCGCGAGGGACGCUCUCGCUGAAUAGUGUUGAGCAGCGCCCCAAGUACCCUACGACCUGCGUUGUUAUGCCUCGCAGCGAACGCUCGAAUUUAUACUACAUGGCCGAGAUUUAACGCUGCCCGAGAAGUCGUCGCGUUCCCGACCGUCGAUUGCAAGUUCCUUCCCGUUGUCGCGAAUAAAUUUCCACAAUCUGUGGUAUUCUUGCUAGAGUCUCGAAGUCGGAAAAUUUAAUUCGGGAUUCCGAUCCCCGAUCGAAACGUCUUCGUGAUCUUAUCGAAUUAUUUGCCUGGUUUUAUAACAGUUCGUUGUAAGAACUGACUUAUUCUUGAUAUCAUUAGAAUUUGGAAUAAGAGCUUCUAUAUCUAUAUACAUAUAUAAUGAAUAGAGACUCAUCUUCUUCGUCAUCACCCUGGUGGAACAGCAAACGAUUACGUUUGGACAAUGGCUGUAAUAACAAUCUCAAUAGUACUUUGCACGGUGACUCUCGAAAUAGCGCAAAAUGGCCGUAUUCAGGAAACGCCAGUCUCAUAGAACCUGAAAUCUUGGAAGAUAUGGGCGUUGGCAUGCUGGAAGAUGGAGCGGCGAAUUGUGAAAGUACAAAAAGACUACAGUCCGAAGAGUGUACAAUUGUGUCGGAGAAUGUAGAUAGUAAUAAUAGAUCAAUAAUAGACGAACCUGAUGUCUUUGAAUAUCAAGAGGAGGUUUAUACAAGUUCUAGCUUGGAAAUUGCGAGUACUGACAGGGUUCAACAAAAUUCGUAUGACGAGUAUAUGGAAUUAGCGUAUAAGGAAUUAUGUGGUGCAGAGAAUGAAUCUGGUUAUUCUUCAAAAAUGGAAGCUGACUACUUUGGGGAUUCGAAAGAAAGCUUUCCUAAGGAAAAGGUUAACACUUCCGCCGAGAAAAACGAGCAAACUUCUCUAGAUCAAUUCUACUUAUUUAGAAGAAAAAGAAGACCUUCCGUUGAAGGCGAGGACAAGUUUAACAAGUUGUCAGAUGAAAUAAUUCUGAUGAUAUUAAAAUGGUUACCUAAGAAAUGUUUGGUACGUUGUAUGCUAGUAUGUAAACGUUGGUGCCAAAUAGCCCGAGAUGAGGCACUGUGGACUAGAUUAGAUUUGGGUAGUAAAGUUUUGAGCGAAGGCACAUUAGGGCACAUACUGCCGCGAGGGGUACAAAUUCUAAGACUGGCACAAGCGGAAAUCGCGGAUCCUGUCUUUUACGAAGGCAGCGAAGUUCUUGGUGAUAUCUGUAUCAGUAAAUUACAAUACUUGGACUUAUCUAUGGCGGUCAUAUCACCAGCCGGUUUGGCUGCGUUAUUAUCCAAGUGUAUAUAUUUGAAAAAAUUGUCGCUGGAAAAGUGUAUAUUGAAUAGAGAUUGCUGUAGGGCGCUUAGUCGAAAUCCAGAAUUAGAAGUCUUGAAUUUAACCAUGUGCGAGAAUAUAGACGUUGGAUGUAUUAUGGAAUUAAUGAAACUUAAAUGCCUAACUUCCUUGAAUAUUGCAUGGAGUUCUCUGGAUAAUGAAUGUAUAACUUUACUUUGUAAAACGCUGCCAACAUCGAUUACACGCUUGAACUUAGCGGGUUGUAGAAAAACGAUGACUGACGAGAAUGUAAAGGACUUGUCAAGAAGGUGUCCGGAUAUCAUAGAGUUAGACUUGAGUGAUUGCCCUAUGCUUACAAUGCACACCGUCCAUAAUUUACUAAACUUCUCGAAGCUCGAGCACCUGUCACUGAGCCGUUGUUACAGUAUUCCACAAUCGGCAUACAUAAGACUAGCUCAUAUGCCAUGUUUAUUAUAUUUAGAUGUUUUCGGCCUAAUGUCGGAAUCGGUGCUCAAAUCAUUACAAGCCACCUGUCGUGAACCCGAAAUUAACAAGUACCUUUAUAGCUCGGUCGCAAGGCCAACAGUCGGUAUUCGAAGAACAAGUAUUUGGGGCCUUCGAGUUAGAGAUUCAAUUUAAUAUGUAGGAAAUAUACUUUCGUCAAUUUACAAGAGACAGACUUCACCAAUAAAUCGAGGAGUAAAUUUAACCAAAGGAUAAUUGAUUUAUAUGUAAUGCAUUUCUCUACGCACAGACUGAAUAUAAUGUAUUGAUAAAAACUGAAAUUUAAUUGAAUUGAAGAAAUGAAAUGAUGUAGAUGUUUAAGGGAGGGUAGUAUGUUCUUCCAAAAGUUUAAUACUGAAUUGUUGCUCAGAUAUAUGGAACUCUUUAUAUGCGGAAUGUUGCAGACUUAUUGGCAGACAUCUGAGAUUCAUCAUUUUGAAAUAAAAAUUCUAAUAAUAAAAUAUGGAGGCUCUAAUAAUUUUUAAGUAAUAAGUGUGUUUUUAAAGUUGACCAGUCGAGAGUCUUUAAAAAGUUGCACGCACAGAUCUGGCACAUUACACAGUAGUGAGAAUAUAUGUAUACAGAAUUACAUCAAUAUUGAAAUUGGCGCUUGGACACACUUUCACUACUAUUCGAUGUUAUAUCUAUGCGUGAAUCUCGAACGAUUGCUUAACUUAAAACAUUUUUCAUUUAAAAAUCAUAGCCUUGGCAUUUUGUAUUAUAAUUUUCAUCUCAAAAUUUAGGAAUCUGCUUAACGAUCAAUUUACGAUAUUAACGAGUAUCAGUUGCUAUUAAUAAGUUUGCGACACCCUAUAUUCGCACUAUCCCUAAUACGGUGCAUUUGCUAAUAUUUAACAUUAAUAUUUUGACUAUGUGAGACCGUUUUACAAACAACUUUUGAUCAUGAUAUAUAUAUAUAUAUUGAAUUUUGUCAAGGAUUUUUGUUUCGCUGUAUACUAUAAUUUUUAUGAGUAAUGAUCUCAAAAAAUAAUACAAUGAUGGCCAGGUAUACAUGUUCGU